AUGUUCCCAUCAAUUGCCUCCCCAAUCCAGAGCUCUUCAACUUUCGUGUUGAAGCAUAACAUUGUUGGAGAUGAUUUCUACAAAUACUUUAUCUGGGAUACUUUUGAUGACCCAACGCAGGGCAGAGUCAAUUACGUUGACCAGGCCACGGCUAGAAAACGCAACCUCGCCUCAGCGACUGCAAGUUCAUUCAUCAUGAAAGUAGACGAUACGAAUAUCGCCCCGAAGAACUCGAGAGGCCGCGACAGCAAUCGGAUUAGGUCUAAUGAGACUUACACUGAUUCAAUACUUGUUCUUGAUGUCAAGCAUAUGCCGUGGGGUUGCGGCGUCUGGCCGGCAUUUUGGACCGUGACUAAUGGCGAAUGGCCUAACGGUGGAGAAAUAGAUAUUAUUGAAGGAGUAAAUCGGAAAUUUGAGAACCAAUGUACUCUUCAUACGACUCCCGGGUGUCUUAUGGACCACGAUCGAAAGCAAACCGGCAUCUCGGUUGGGGACGACUGCAGCACACUCUCGGGUUGUGGAACAGCUUUCAAGAGUAUCAGCUCUUAUGGUCGCGUUUUCAAUGAAAACAAUGGCGGGUAUUUCGUCAUGAAGAGGACGCAGUCAGAGGGUGUAUUCAUCUGGUUCUUCGAGAGAAACGAUCCAAGUACACCACUUGAGGUCAGAGAUGGCAAAUACGCUGGUCCUAAUAGUUAUUGGCCCACUCCAGAUGCAAGCUUUCCAUCAUCAGACAAAUGCGACUUUGCAUCGCAUUUUAGUGAACAUGCGAUUAUACUCAACACAGAUUUUUGCGGAGAUUGGGCUGAAAAAAGUUUUUCGCUGAACUGUGGUACAGGCUCGUGUGCAGCGUUCGUGGACAACAAUCCUGAGCAAUUCAAAGAUGCAUACUGGGAGAUACACAGCCUUCGAAUUUAUGUGCCUGCAAAUCCGAUUAUUUGA